AGAAGCUGGAGCCUACAUUCAGGGCUGUGGCUGUUGGAUCCGGUAUCCCGUUCCUUUCUAAAAUGUACUGUUAAAACUUGUUUUUACUAACAUACGUUCCGUUUCAGAGGCAGUUUGUAGAUAGUGUUCCGCUCCAAAAUACUCAAGUAGUUCCUGAGUUAUUACUUCGUUAUUCCUGACUCGGUUCAGAGUAAAAGCUCAGGAGGGGCAGCUCUGUCGGUGGGUCACACGCACUGGCCUGGCAAACUGGUGCCUAAACUGUGACCCCAGUUCUGCAAUGACUCGGUUCUCCAGUUGCCUUUUUUAAACGUCCCAGUUCUUCUAGAAUGUUCUGCAUGGGAAGAACCAAAUCUGUUGCACACAUGGACCGAUCUUAAUAAUAUUUUUUUUGUUGUUUCUUUAAAGCAUAAUGCCCAAACUGAAUAGGAAACUGAAGUGAGGAUUAAGUUCAGUUGUCUUUAGUGCUGUAGGCUCCUUCAAAGGGAAAACGUCUGCUUCCUCUUAGCUUUUUGGGUGACAGAAAUUCCUUUGAGCAGAUGCCAUUGUCUUCUCCUUCCUCCCAGCUGCUGUAAGAGGCUUUGUCCUGCUAUUUUUAAAAUCCUUAAUAGUUGUUUUGUUUUCAGUGAGGUCUUUCAAGUGCAGAAGUCACUUAGCUGCUUGGAGGUCUGGCAGCAGCAGUGACCUUCGGGUUUUGUGACUGGAGAACUUGAGUCUUCUGGCUACAGGAAAACAGGCUCCUCUAUUCCUGCUUGCCUCCGAGCAGAGAGCAGGGGCUGUAGGAGGGAAGGGGAGAAGGCCUUGUCCCCCAGGAGCAGGAAACGUGAGGUUCAUAGAUCUGUGGGGGUGUGCUGCUGGUUUUCUGAUGGCCGUAUGUCUGUGUUCUUCCAGGUUUUGAGAUCACUAUUGACCACCCCCAUACCCACGUGGUGAAGUGCACGCAGCUAGUGCGAGCCAGCAAGGACUUGGCGCAAACUUCCUAUUUCAUGGCUACCAACAGCCUGCACCUGACCACCUUCAGCCUGCAGUACACCCCUCCCGUUGUGGCCUGCGUCUGUAUCCACCUGGCUUGUAAGUGGUCCAACUGGGAGAUCCCAGUCUCCACAGACGGGAAGCACUGGUGGGAAUACGUUGAUGGCACUGUAACUCUGGAGCUCUUAAAGGAACUGACUCAUGAAUUCCUGCAGAUCCUUGAGAAAACUCCCAACCGGCUUAAACGUAUCCGGAACUGGCGGGCCUCUGAAGCAGCCAGGAAAUCCAAGGCUGACAACCGCGGGGAAGAUGAGAGCCUGUCGGAGCAGACGAUCCUCAACAUGAUUUCUAGGAACAAUAGUUCGGACAUGAAUAUCGCUGGGUUAAUGAGCAUGUCGACGUCCUCGACCGCCGGAGCGGGGCCGUCUCUGCCCGCCGCGGCCGACUCGCCCAGCGACCAGGGCGCUGCGGAUCUGUCCCAGCCUGACUACUGGCAUCCUCCAGCCAAACUGGACACUGGUCCCAGCCACAGGACUAAUGAAAGCUCGUCGGCUGCUGAGCAUCCUUUGCAGCAAGAUGGCGCUGGUUAUCAGAAACAGAGCGGCAAGAACGCUCCCUCAGCCAAAGUGUCGCUCAAGGAAUACCGGGCCAAGCACGCCGAGGAGCUGGCGGCCCAGAAGCGGCAGUUGGAGAACAUGGAGGCCAACGUGCGGUCCCAGUACGCCUACGCCGCGCAGAAUCUCCUGGUCCAGCAGCAGCGGGAGAGGGAGGUCCAGCAGGACAGCAACCCCUCUCCCAUCAUCCUGAAAAUUCCCAUCGGCGGCUCGGAGAACCCCGAGCGCCCUCCCGGCCCUGAGAAGAGUGACAAAGCCUCGGCCCUGAAGCUGAGGAUCCCGGUGGCAGGUGGAGGUGGGGAGAGGCCGCUCCCCUCCAAGCAGGAGGAGAUAAAAAUGCGGAUCAAGGUGCCGAGCGCCGCAGACAGGCACGGCUCCUCGGACGAGAGCGGUGGCAAGAACCGAGAGCACAAGGAGAAACACAAGGGCCACUCUUCUAACCACCACCACCACCACCACAACCACCACUCUCACAAACACUUGCACGCCCAGCUCGGCGCCGGCCCCAGCAGCCUGGUGAACAAGCGGCCGGGAGACUCUAAGCACAGCAGCCAGCCCAGCUCCGUGCCCCACAAGAGCUACGGCCCCCUCGCCUCUUCCCGCAAGCGGCCCCUGCCGGAGGAAGCGGCGGCGGCCGCGGCCCACGAGCACCCACCCAAAGUCGGCAAAGCCACCAAAGGCCCCGGCAUGCCGUUUCCUUACCCCCACCUCCCCGGGGCAGCCCACCUCCCGGGGCACGGCUCGGAUGCAGGCAACCUUCCCUUACCCCAGGCCAACAAAGCCCGGGGCACCCACGGCAAAUCGGACAAGGGGCCCACGGGGGCCAACGGGCACAACGCCAACCAGGCCAGUGACUACCAGGAUACGGUCAACAUGCUGCACUCGCUGUUGAGCGCGCAGGGGAUGCAGCCCACCCAACCCCCUGCCUUUGACUUCCACUCUUAUGGCGAGCUCUUGAACCCCCGGGCUUCCACCAGCUCUAGAGCUGUCGCCAACACGGACAAGCCCCGACCGCCCCCCCUGCCCUCAGAACCGCCCCCCCCGCUCCCUCCUCUCCCCAAGUAAAACCCCUUUUUACUACUGAGUUUGUCCAGAGCCCGAGCCUAAACCACCUGGGCUGCCCCUGCAGGGGCUUGAAAGGGCUUGUUCGAUCUCCACUGCCUCACGAAGAACUAUUUUAUUAUAAUAUAACUUUUAUUAUUGAUAUUUAGAACGCGGAGUUGUUGAAGCUGUGAAAGGAUAAGAAACCCUUUCUCUGUUCCUUGCUCCCUCCCCCAUCAACUUCCAGUUAGUGGUGGGCUCUGUCCCUGCUAGAACUGAAGCCCCCUCUGGGGAACACGCAUUGUGGGGGGGCUCUGGGGGUUAUUUAAAAUAUGUCACAGAAAAUUUAAGAUGUUUUACAAAUAAUUUAAGCAGUAACUUA